GUAAUAACAUUGCAUGACCUUGCAUAUGUUUGUAAACACACGGACACGUUGAUCUGUUUGUAUGAUAGUGCAGCGUUCUCUGUGAAUUUUCCCCAUUUGGAAGUGUUUUCCCGCAAGUGGAAUGGAUUUCCAGGAAAUGUCUGUGAUCGAGGAGCAAACCACGACGGAGGGCCCUCACAGGAAGGAGUCAGGAAAGCGGGGACGUAAACCGGGCCGAAAAUCGAGCGAUAAAGUUGACAUGAAAGCUAAAUUAGAACGUAGUCGACAAAGUGCUAGAGAAUGUAGAGCCAGGAAAAAGCUGCGGUACCAAUAUUUGGAGGAGCUUGUUGCCGAUAGAGAGAAGGCCGUUUUUGCGCUUAGAAAAGAGCUUGAGAAGUUUCAAGUAUGGGCGAAGGAAAUCGACGAGGGUAGAAUACCGGAAGAUAUUCAUACGAUUUUGGAGGAUGGGGGGGCCCUGAAGAAGGAGAAAUAAGUUUCAAUGUGAUAAUUUCAACUGUUGAUACGAUUUUUUUGUGACCAUAUGUUUUAAACACGCUAAAAUAGAACUAUAUUUUAUUGUUAUUUAUUUUACUACGAAAUACAAAAUUUUAUUAACCGA